ACUCCUGAAGGAAACAUUUCAUCUCUAUCCUAUUUGACUUCCUCUCACUCCAUUUCUUCCUAAAAUCACCCCAUCAAAACAAAUCAUCGGCAUUUCAAGGUGAUACUACGUGAAAGCAAACUAGCUCUAGCAGGGUGAUAUUGGCUCCAUUAAACACCAAAGUUGCAAAGAGUAAGAGACAGUGAUUUUCUUCUUCUUGUCUGAAGAAGUCGAUCAUCUCCCACCGAAGAAACAGAGCAGAACUGAACUACCAUUCACCAAAAAGAAAAAAAAAUGUGCGCUUUGAGAGUGUUGACUCGGUCCGUGUGCAGCAGCAGCAGCUCCUACGUCAAAACUUCCAAACCCUAUCUCACUCUCAUUCUCAUCACACAUCAUCAGUAUCACUAUCAGCACCAGACCCAUAGAACUCUUAUUCUUGACUCUUCCGCUUCUGAAUUCGUCAAGCUUCACAAACUCAAUGGCCCUGAUUCUGGGAUCGUUGAAAUUAGCUUGGACAGGCCUGAAUCCAAAAAUGCUAUAGGGAAAGAGAUGCUGCGAGGCCUAAACCAAGCGUUUGAGUUGAUUAAUCAGAAAUCUUACGCUAAUGUUGCUAUGAUCAGCAGUUCAGUUCCUGGGGUAUUUUGUGCUGGGGCUGAUUUAAAGGAGCGCAGGGCCAUGAGUCAGUCAGAGGCUAAGAUUUUUGUGAAAUCUCUUCGCUCCACAUUCUCAUUUCUAGAGGAUGUUCGUGUUCCAACUAUUGCUGUUAUUGAAGGAGUAGCUCUUGGUGGUGGACUUGAAAUGGCUCUUGCAUGUGAUAUUCGAAUUUGCGGAGAAAAUGCUCUGAUGGGUUUGCCAGAGACAGGACUUGCAAUAAUCCCUGGGGCAGGUGGAACUCAGCGACUGCCUAGAUUGGUUGGAAAAGCAAUAGCAAAGGAUAUUAUAUUUACUGGUCGAAAGAUUGAUGGCAAAGAGGCACUGUCCUUGGGUCUAGUCAAUUACUGUGUUCCUGCUGGUGAAGCUUAUUCAAAAGCACUUGCAAUUGCUCAUGAUAUCAAUCAGAAGGGUCCUGUAGCUUUAAGAAUGGCUAAAAGAGCUAUUAAUGAGGGAGUUGAGACUGAUCUAACAUCAGCUUUGGAAUUGGAAGAAGAUUGCUAUGAUCAGGUCUUGAAUACUAAAGAUCGAUUAGAAGGCUUGGCUGCGUUUGCUGAGAAGCGGAAACCGAGCUAUACUGGUGAGUAAAGGAGUGGUCUUUUGCACUUCCAGAUUGGGUCUCUAUGUUGCUAGAGCGGAAGUCUAUCAUGUAGAUUAGAGUCAUCUGAGCCUGGAGUCAACUUCCCAGAUGAGGAAUUUUCACUACAAUUUGCCGGGGACAAUCUCUACCCCUUUGAGUUCAGUCAUUUCUGAAGCUGAAAAGUGUCUCCAAAAUCAUGCACCUUGAGACACUGGCUUUGAGCUUUUUUUCAUCAUUUAUAUUAUUGUUGUAAAGAUUCAACAUUUUCUUUUGAUGUUUUCCGGCAAUAAAUUAAUCUGUUUGGGAACUUGGAGUAUAAACUUGUGGUGAUUCAAUGUAAAGAAUAAAAGUCCCCUUGGAUAAUCAAGCAACCCUUAAGAACCUGUAUAUUACUGUUCAAUAGUUGAUGGUUGAUAAAGCUAUCAACUUGUAGCUUGUCUGGAAAAGCAUUGGGCAACUUCAGUAUCACAUUUGAGGGAAAUACAAUGUGACUCUGUUUUGAGGGAGGCU